CGAAUGCUAUGAUCGACAAGCUCUUCCACGGCGGACUUUCCCUUCACCAGUUCAAGCCAUUCCUUGAUCUUAAAAUAAAUUCCAUAAGGGAUGCAGGGUACCCAGAUUUGGCGAAAUCUAUUGUUGAUGAUCUUGACCGCCUAGAGCGUGAGCUUCAGAUGCUUCGGGAGCUUCGGGAUGCAGAAGAGGAGAAGCUAAAUGUAGUUGGGUUUUUCCUUCAGAUUGUAUAGUCUCUAUUUUCCAGAUGUGAGGGAACAUACAAAAACAUGGAAGCAGAAAGAAAAUCUUUGUCAACCUCUUCAAAACAGAAGAGAUCAUUUGAGGUUAUGAGCACACGAUGUCCACAAGUGCGACCGAAAGAAUAUAAUCGGCUAAGUAAUAUGGAUAAGCUGAGAAAGCAUGUGCCCAAUAUAUGUCAACUACCUGCUAGAAAUAUUGCAAUACAAAGAAAAGAGUUAGAGGAGCGGACAAAGAAGAAAAUGAUCCGUAUGAGACAAUCAAGAGAGGAGAAAAUGUUGGAUGAAAUAGGAAAUGCGGAGCGAGAUGUUCGGAAAAAAUUCAUAGAUCAAAAGGGACAAUCUAGUAAGACACGACAACAACUUCAGAAUCAUGUACAAAUAAAAGUGAUAGCAAGAGGAGAACACUCGGUCAACUUAGAAGAUAAAGAGGAAGAUAUCAGAGAGGAUUUCAUAGAAGAUGCUGUAGGAGAUGUUAGUGAGCAUGAUGAGCAAGAUGAAGAGGAAGAUAGAGGGGAGGAUUUUAUAGAUGAGUCUGAAGGAGGCGAGGACUUCAGGGGACAACCAGCAAGAGAGGUAGCUAAUAAAGUAGUAGACAAACCCAAAAAGUAUCGAGGGCAAACUAAAUGUCAAAAAGUUCAUGCACGAAGUGUACAUGAUCGACAUGUUAUUUUUUUAAAUGAAUGUGGACAACCUAUCGGACCGUCAGAUAAGGCAUGUAGUGAACUUAGCAGUUUCUUAGGCACACUUGGCAGAAACUCAAGUUUUGCACCUCUUGAUAAGGAAAAUUGGCACAAAGUUGAAGAAAAAGAUAAAGAAAAAAUAUGGGAUUAUGUUAAGGAAAAAUAUUACAUUCCGAAGGAAGGAAGAAAAUGGACCCUAGAAACUGUCAACUGUGCAUGGAGGCGUUGGAAAUCAUUCUUGAAGAAGAAGUGCUUUGACGGGUUCAAAAAUGACAAACAAAGAAUGAAGACACGGCCAGAUACUAUACCUGAAAUAGAAUUUAAAGCCUUGCUCAAAUUCUGGAACACCGAACAAUCAAAGAUAACAAGUGAGACCAACAAAGCAAAUCGUGAUGGUCAAGAAUAUAUACACACUACAGGGUCAAUAAGUUUUGCCAGGAUUCACAAAAAAUUGGAAAAUGAGUUGGGAAGAUCUCCAAGUGAAGCUGAAAUGUUUAUUGAGACCCAUAAAAGGAAUACAAAACCACAAGGAGAGAAAAUAAUCAAUUUGAUAGGUGCUUUAGAAGAACUCAAAUCUCAAGAUGAAGAUGAUGAUGCAUGGGAUGCUUUAGAAGAACUCAAAUCUCAAGAUGAAGAUGAUGAUGCAUGGGAUUUAGUCAAGAAAGAUGAACAUCUUGGACGUGUACGUCUUAUGGGAAGGGGUGUCACUAAAACCAUGCUCCAGAAUAAAUAUAAAAAGAUCGUGGAUCCCUAUGAGCAAGUUCCAGAAUCUAUUGUUCAAAAUAUAUCACAAAAAGUUGAACAAGAGUUGACAAAAAAGUUUGAAGCGCAGAAGGUAGAUUUGGUUCAUGGUUUCGCCGAGCUCUUGACGGAAACAAUUGGGCAAACAAUUGAUCCGGCGGCUAUUGCAAGACUUGUUGCACGCACAAGAUCACCUGAGCAAGCUAAUAGUGCUCGAAAUCAUGAUCGUCCUCGCUCAUCUGGAAGCAGUCAUCAUCCACGAAAUGAGGAAAAUUGAUGGUGACUGAAACAGGUUAAUCCGUGCGUGCUUUUCACUUACUCUGAGAUUAGCUCUAUCCUGACAAUUUACAAAUUAUGUAUACCAAUGGAGACCUUUUAGUUAAAAAGAGGACACUUUUUGUUUUAAUGAAAGAGGAAUUUUAAUCAUGUAUUUUGGACAAAAGAAAAAACUUGUACUAAAGUCAUUGUAAUGUAACUAAUGAAUUGUUCCUUAUGUUUGUUUGUUUUCUUGCAAAAUUAGGAGUUUCAUUUC